GAGUAGGACGACGCAGUCCCCAAAUCCUUUUGGCGUGUCUUGAGUCGCUUGAGAGAUGCAGUCCACUAUGUUCAAGGCCACCCUGGCCCCCACCCGGCCAGUGAGCCGCGCCUUCACGCCGGUGGUCUGCAAGGCUGCCAACAAGAAGGCCAGCACCCAGGCCCGCCACGCUCGCCUCCGCAAAAAGCUGAGCGGCACCACUGAGCGCCCUCGCAUGGCGGUGUACAAGUCCAACGAGCACAUUUACGUGCAGGUCAUCGAUGACAGCAAGGGCCACACCCUGGUGUCGGCGAGCACCGUGAUGAAGGACCUGAAGGAGUCCCUGGAGAGCGGCGCCAACAUUAACGCCGCCACGGCUGUGGGCAAGAAGGUUGCUGAGCUGUGCAAGGCCCACAACAUUGAGAAGGUCUGCUUCGACCGUGGUGGUUUCCAGUACCACGGCCGCAUCCAGGCCGUGGCUGAGGCGGCUCGCGAGGGCGGCCUGGUCUUCUAAGCGCCUGACAUGCCGUAAGGAGCUGGGGUGCUGCGCGGCUUGAUGGAGGAGCUGCAGCGGCCGCUGGGUGGAGCAGGAGCAGGAGUGACGGCAGUGGCAACAGCAGCAGCACCGGCAGCUGGAGCUCAGGCGUGGAGGCAACCACAGCAGCAGCAGGAAGCGCUGCUUGUAGCGCGCCUCUGCUUUCGGUCUUGGUCCUCGGAUGCAGACCUGGCCUGGCGUGAGCUCUGCAGCUGGUGCGUUGGCGAAGCUAAGCGGGGAGAGCAGCAAGAGCUGCGGCGUUGAGCUUUGCAGCACGGGGUGGACAGGGUGAGCCCCUGCACCGCCUACAUUCUUGGUUGCUAGGGACGCAGCGGCGGCUUGAUGCAAGCAGUACGCGCGCGUUGGAAAACUUAGGUUUAGGGUUGGGUACGUGAUGGAAGGCUGCAGCGGCGCGCAGCUUAUGAAGGGAAGCGACGUUGCUUGAGAAUGCGCGAGUCGCACGAGGGUAACUGUGUUCGUAGGCCGCAGACUGCAGGCGAUGGGCGUUUUUCCAUAAUGAGAGCCCACGCUUUUUUUGUGAGCCUGAACACGCGCUUCAGGCGGAACCUUGGCGUCUGCUAAGCUGGAGACGCUUCAUGUGUCCACGCGUUGGCUGUUAGGGCAGGGUCAACGAUCGGUCAAGGCUGAGGUAUAGGAAGGCGUGACACAGGAAUGAUUUAAGGCGUCUUUAAUCGGCGUCUUGUACUGUGUGGUGUAAACAGGCUGCUCU